UUGGCUGUCAGACAGUUCAGAGUGAGACUCAGCUGCCAUCUUUGUGGAGGAACAACAGCUCUGUGACAAAGGCUUCCCAGCACUGCCCAGGGGACCCCAAAUGUUGAGGCAGGGAAGAAAUGGAAGAAAGCUAUGAAACAUUUGAAGAGGAGUUAUGGCCACCAAGAGCAGAUCCUCCUCCACAGAAACCUGUUAGGCAGAUCCGCAAACCAGAAAUGUACGCUACCAGAAAAAUCAGAGAGGAAAUGGCUCCAGCUCCACAGCAGCCAGCACCAGAACCCAAGACUAUAACCAGAGAAGUCAGUUUCCCCAAACCAACAUCCUUGCACAAAACCUUGUCCAUUCAGAAUCCGACUCAGAUCGAAACCCCGUGGGAGAACGUCACCCUGAACCGCUGUUUGCUUGUGGCCAUUACCAUCCUGGUGCUCACCUCAGGUUUUCAGAGGCUCAAUGAAACCUUACGUGGUCACAAAGCAGUUGAAGAGGAAGAAACUGGACUGACAAUGAGGCGAUCAGGCUCACUGCGACACAGAAGACCACUGCCGGAGCCUGAAACAUCUCUGUGGGAAGUCGUGUUUUGGUGGCUGCCUGACUUUGAUGACGAGGAAGAAGAGGACGAUGAUGAUGAUGGAGAGGUUAAAAGGGGAAAAUCAAAGAGAGGAGCAACAGCACGAGGAUUAAGAGCUCUGAGAAACAAACCACUUCCAGAUAAGAAACUCAUAAAGCAAAGAGAUAAGAAAUUAAAGGACAGGAGAGCCACGAAAGCCAGAAAUGAAGAAAUCAAAGUAAAGAAAGGUAGAGACAAAAAAGGUGAUCCUGAAGAUGCAGGAGAUGAGGAGGCUGUUGCUCAGGAAAAUAAGAGGUCAGAGGAAAAGAAAGAAAAGAAAGAGUCCAGAAGUAUAACUUCACUCUAGUAGAAGCUAUUUUCUCAUCAGCUGGUAUGAUUUAUUCAUUAUUAAAAGGUGGCAAUUUUGUCAAAAUCUAAGCCUUAAAGUGUGCUUGCAAUUAAAUCUUCUAACACGACUUUCAGUGCUGUUAUAGAUUUGGAUGCUUUCUGGUGGUUUGGUGUAUUAAUGCUUUAUUUCAAACGGAGGCAUUUUGUUAACCAAUUUGUUUUUCUGGUUCUGACAGGUGGCACUGAAUAAAUUAUGCCCAUUCAAAUGCAGUUAAAAUGUCAA